AUGGCGGAAAAAAGAGUCAUUCAGUGGCGUAAAGAAGGAGAGCCGAAACGUCAUACUUUUCAGAAAAGGAAAAGAAAACGAACUGGAAUGCAACAGAACGCUAAUCGUUUACUACGUUCUAAAUACAUCGACUACAAGCUCAAUUGAAGCUGAGAAUUAUAGUGAUGCAGAAACUGAUAAUUUUAAUAUAUUAAACUUGUUCACAGAACAGGUAAGAAAGUACAUUAUUUAGCUGUAACUAUCGUCACUAUAUUGAUGGUUAUGUCUCUUUCUAUCAACAAUUUUAAUUUUUUUUGUUGCUGUGUUGGUGUUGACUGUUGUGUACUCAGGUGAAUAUGAUGUUUGUGAUGUUACUCUGAGUGUAUAUCCACACCGGGCAAGCUUGGAAAAUAUGCCUGGCCACGGUGGGAAUGGAACCUACAACCUUUGAAAUACUAGCCCAAUGCUCUGCCAUCUGAACUACGCGGUCAGAUCGGUUCGAGUACAUGUGAUCACUUAUGUGCCGGAGCAGUGUAAACAGGCCAAUCCGGUAACGAAACGAAGCAACAUCUAGUCAAGCUUUUAAAUUAAUUAAACAAAGUUAUUCUUUACAAAGAAAACAUGUGUUACUUCUUGUUUUUAAUAAAUUUUGGUUUAUUUGCAAAAAGUAUUACAUGUUUCCAUGGCGACGGCGAGAAUGAGCUGCCAACAGAACGAAGCGGCAUGCAUAGUGUAAACACCCUUGUUUUUUACUUCAGAGUGAAAAUUACUCCAGUAUGAAAAGUAAUCCGGUAAAGUGUAUAAAACGAGGCCUAAAUUGCAUUUGUUUGAAAUAACAUACUAAACACUUCCAGACAGUAUGAAUAAAAAUGCUACCAUUUAAUUGAUAUAACAUAAUUUGACGGUUGACUUUUAAAUUUGAAAAACAAUACAUUUAAAUUAAUUAACUUUUUCAAAAAAGUCAAUCAACUGUAUCAACCAAUCAGAAUUUUGCAUUGUGUGGACACAAUAUUUUUGCAACCCAAUAUAAUUUCUUGCAAACCAAUAUUUUUGAAGUGACUUUUAAGCCUGCUUCACAUAUAUGCCUGCGACAUACCGGCGACGAUACCGGUGGUAGUCUAACGCCAGCCGAUUGGGUUAGCUGGCAGAUGGGUUAACUGGCCUAUCUGCCCAUGUGUCUAGUUAACACAUUGAGUCGCAUUGUAUUAUUUUGUCAAGGGGAGAGCGCCGUUAAUACUACAUGGCAAAAAAACGCUCAGGUUGAUGCAAUACUGAUGAAAACAGGAUUGAACAAUGUUUUGCUGCCCACAUUGUUCAUAGCUGUCAACAAUAUUGUUACACCCGAUUCAGGCUCAACAACAUUGUUCAAUAUUGUUGACAAGUGUGAACAACGUGGGCAGCAAAACAUUGUUCAGUCCUGUUGAGCAACAGGCUCGGCGUUUUUUGCCGUGUAGUAGUUCAAUUCACACUGGACAAGAUUUUGUCUAAAAAAAUGAAAACUGAUGAAUCUUCACAACUUGUUAAAUUAACCUGAAAAACCUAAUAUUACCUUAUAUUAUAUAUAAAGACAUUGUCAUGGUUAAAUCUUAUUUCUUAUUUAAAUAUAGGUAUAAUUAUUGUCAAUAAUUAUGUAUAAAUUAACCAAUUUUUUUAUUGAUCUGUGUUUUAAGGAAAUGAAUGAAAUUGACUCACAUCAUGGAACAGAGGGUAUUGUGGCUGGAUCAUCAACUGUUGAUGAAGUUGAUUCUUAUUGUGUGGAACUGGUUGGACAUAAUGGCAUAACAACAUUAAACAUUAUUUGUUUUCUUCUUCAUGAUUAUUCUUUGAACGAAAAUAUAUUACUGGUAAUCUACAACACAUUAUUACUAUAUUUUUAUUGCCAAUCUCUAGUACUUGUAUCCUCAGAAAAUAUUUAAUAUAAAAAAAGUUUUUGAUAGUAACUAAUACUUUGUGUCAUAUACGCCAUUAAGUUGUAAUGCUUCCAGAUGCGCCUGAUUAUAUUACUUUACUUUGUCUAACUCCAGGCGAUUUUACUUGUCAUGGGCUAAGUCUUGCACAUUAAUUAAUGUAUUAACUGUCUGUAUUCUGUACUGUAAUAUUUUUAAGUUGUAUUUAUAUAAUACUUUUUGUGUGUUGGUGUUAUGUACUCAGGUGAAUAUGAUGUCUGUGGUGUUACUGUGACUGUGCAUCCACAUCGGGCAAGCUGAAAAGUUAGCCUGAUCAUGGUGGGAAUCGAACAUGCAAACCUAGAGCAUUGGACGAUUCACCACCAUGGUCAGGCAAAUUUGUCAGCUUGCCCGGUGUGGAUGCACACUUAGAGUAACACCAUAAACAUUGUAUUUAUAUGUUUUUGUGUAAUGACUUGUUACCAAAAUUUAUUCAAAACAAUCCUGCUACCUGUACUUUUUAUAGGCAAAAACAUUUGUGUUAAUAACAAGGCGACCACACAAAUUUCCUUGUGGAGAUAUUAAAUGGAGUUAUGCAUGCUCAUGUAGCAGAAGAAUUGCAGAGUUAUUGAAGUCUGGAGUGGCAUUCAUUGUUGAAAUGCCUUAUGAUGGUAUGUAAAUGUACAGUGUACACUAAAAUGUGCACUGUACCACAAAUGCAUCCUGAAUCUGACAUUCUAUUAACUGUACAUUUUUGUUGUGAUUGUUUGUUUAUUAGUGUAAAAAAAGAGUAUCAUUUAGUAUCAUUACAGGCAACUAACUGCUGUUCCCAGAUGACAAUGUCCAGACAAGAUGGGUUCAUACUUGAGUUAAUAUUUUGUUUCUUUCAAUUAGAGUUUGCAACCUUGUUAUCAUACAGUACAGUACUUAUAAUUGCAGUUGAUCGAAGUCUCUAGAUCGUCGGAAAUGGUAUUUUCAGACUUUAAUGUGGCCAUCAGCUGCAUGGUUGUAGAGCACAGAAAGGAAGUCGAUUCAGGCAGUGUAUAAUGGCAAUUAGCAAUUCUGUAACCUUACUUAUUAUUUUUUGGACACUGUCCAAAAAAUAUAUCUCAUGGAAACAAUAAUUUUGCGUAAUGUUUGCACAGGACGAUCGGGACCGACAAAUGGUUAAUUUGGGACAGACUUUUUUACUAUUUCUCAAAAUUAUGGGGGUGUCACACUCCACCCGCCCCCCCCCCCCAUAAUGUGCGGCCUUGUUUGUGCUACACAUUUCUAGUGUGCAUGGGCAUGAGUAUUCCUCUACGAGAUUUUGUGUCUCGGAAGUGAAACAGUUUUGGACAGCUUUUUGAACAAAAUUAUAUAGAAAACCGGGUUUUUAAUGGAACAUUUGCAUUAAAAAAAUCAAAUUGUGAAAAAAAUCAUUGUGGAGGAAGAUUGAGUUUCAAAAGUCAAUUGAAGAUUGAGUAUUUACUACCGUAUACCAGUAGUAGAAAAGUGCUUGAAAAUAUCCCUGCCAUUUAACACCUCUUCCAUCUUCCGAAAAUGACGUCAGGUCAGUUUGCUGGAUGGAAAAUAGUGCUAACCGCUUUAUAAACGCGAUGCCAUGUUUGUGCAGUGUUUCCACUAUGAUAAAAAUUCCUUCUUAUUCGCCUCGUGAUGAACCGCGAAAAAAAUUAAAGUGUCGAAGAAAAUAACUGCCUUGGUUGGAUGGUUGGUAAUGGUUUGUUACUUUGUACAAUUUUCAUUAUGCACUUGUUGUGAAAGAUUGCUGAACUCACUAGUUCGCUUCACUCACUCGUUCGUUUGCAAUCUUUCACGACUCGUGCAUAAAAAAUUAAAAAUCGUACACGGCUCACCAACCAUGCAGUAUCUCUAUGUAUUUUUUUAUUUUAACCAUUGCAUAUUUUGUAUCCUAUGUUUUUGGCAGUCCGGUACAAUGACCAAUACGUUUUGUUUCAUGACAGGCACAAAUUCAUUGGUGCUGGUCAUUUUGACAGGCAGGUCCCCAAAAAUUAUUUCCAGGCUUGGAUCGAAGUUAUGUGAACCUGUUUAGUGCUUUGCAGAAAAUAUUCAAAGAUACUGUAAGACAUCAUAUGCCUCAUAGACCAAUAUACACUUCAUAUACUGUAUACAGUAGGCUGUUGCAAUAUUGAGAAAAAAAAUAUUGAUACAGUUUAUGUAUCUUCCUGGCCUUGUCAUAACAUUCAGGCUUGAAUGCUUGAUUACAGAAACACUCAUUGCAUGUUUUGCCCCAUGUUAUAUACAAAAUCUUUGUACCUGACCAACAUACAUGUAUGUUGUAACAUGUACUGUAUGUGUUUAGUAAGCUGAAUUCAUUGUCAAAUAUUUUUAUUUGUAUUUUAGAUUUUGUUGAUAAAUAUGAAACAUGUAUUCAUGUCCAAGCAUUAAAGAAGAUAAUGUGUGGGUUCGACAGCCAAAAUGACAUAGAUGCUACUCAGUUUACUGUUAGUGAUAUUGUUCAACACAGUAAUGAUCAGGUAAAGAAAGUGUUGCAUGUUAACUUAAUUUCAGGAAGCUCUCUCACGAAGUGAUUUUCAGAAAGGUCCUGAACUAAAUAAACUAUUUUACAAGGAAGACAUGCAUAUACCACAUAACUAUGAAAAAUAUUAAAAAAUUAUAUGAGGAAAAGUUCAAAGAUUGCUAAAAAAAGUUUCUCUUAAAUGUAUAAAUACUAGUAGAUAGUUUUAUCUUUCUGUUCAAGUUGUUGCAGUCUGUUAUGGCCUGAUAAGCGAGUAUUUGCUUUCCCCCAUUUCCUUGACACUUUAGGUGGCCUUAAAUUGUCCUUAUAUCGCGUAUCGUAGUUGUGUAUUUCUCUGUUCGCUAGAAGUUCAAAUCCAUGUGAGGUGUGAUUAUUUAGAUACUUAAAAACAAAUAAACAUCUAUGAUACAAUCUGCGUUGAAAUUAAUGUGAGAGCUUGGCCACAAACAGUUUUAGUAAGAAAUUACUAUUUACCGUAUUAAUUCUUGAGAUGUACAGUAAGCUUGUGAUUUUCACAAUUUAGUAGAAUAGAUGAAAUAUACUGUGUAAUAUUUUAGAUGAUGCUACUCCAGGCCUUGGGCUUGGAAUUAGUGGGAAAACCAGAUCUUCGAAGUUUGGGCAUUAAAUUACAUGGAAUGAAAGCAUUAGGACGGUCAGCCCAUUUAUGUUUUGGCUGGGAUAACAAAUUUCCUGACUCUUCUUCACACGUUUAUGAAAUUAUGAAAAGAUUACUGUAUCAAUAUUAUAUCAUUAUAAGUACAACAAAACAUCCAUCAUAUUUAUUUACUGUUUAAAUAUUGGUGAGUUGUUUUAUUGGUGUAAAUCUCACGAAAAACAAAGCAAUAUAGUGACGGCAAUUGGACAAUAUGUUUUAUAAUAUAUUAUAUUCCCUCACCGAAGAUUACUGCAGUCCAAUUUAUACUUUACACAUGCCACAAUUAACAUUGGCAAGAUAAUUCAUAGGUAUCUACUGUAUAUUAUGAGCAAGACAAUGUUAAGUUUGUAUAUUACCUGUAGUUCGUACCUCCUUACCAAAAUAUUUGCCAGAAAAAUACCGAAAAACGAAAACGUUUCAUCAGUCCCAGUCCUCUAUACAGUACUCUAUAUAUAUGCCUUGUUGAUUCGGUGAAAUACAGUUGAAGUUUCCCUUUCCGCUUUUCCGGUUUUUAACCUUUUAUCAUUUUGUACAUUUUAUUGUAUUGAUAUAUACAGUAUAUAUUACGGUAUCCGGCGGGGUAGUAAAAUUGACCUUCAGGUGCACCCCUACACGUACUGUAUACAUAUUUUAAGCUCCUGCAUGGAAACUGAUAUAUAUGGAAUUAUGUUUUUCAAUUUUUAGGAACUAUCAACAGUACAUUCUGUAGCUGGAUCUCCUUAUCUUUUAUGUGUCCUCCUUGAGGCCAGUUUUGGAGUUGUUAGUUGGGAGCGUGAUGAGUUGAAAUGCAGUGUGUGUUCUGGAUUAUUGUCUGGUUCAUGUGAUCACGUGAAGGAGGUGAAUAAAAUUUUAGAAGAUGACGGCGAAACUCCUGAUUUUGUUCUAUCGUUUAUGGAGUACAGAUAUGAUCGUGUGGGCGUUGGUGCAAAAGCUUCAUGGUUUUUGCAUGCCAAGUCCUAUAUGCCAAUACCAUUUAUUUUACCUGAGCGACUUAAACAGAUAAUGUUUGAAACCUCUGAAUGCCAGAUUGAAAUGAACCAGGAAGGUGCACGUUUAACACAGAGUAUACCUGAAGCCAGCACUAAACUUCCUGUCUGUCCAUCCUGUGGUUCACCGUGGCGACCAGAAUCACCAACCUUGCAUGACUGGUUAUCUGAAACUUGCAACAUUAUCCUAAGAAG